AUGGGUUGCGGCAGCUCCGCAAACACCGCGGUCCAACCGCUGACGCCGGAGGAGGCGAACGGAGACGAGACCAGGGCAUCAUCGCAGUGGGACAAACCAGAGAGAGGAGCAAAGGGGCUGGAGAGGCCUACAGCAUCAUGGCAACGUCGUGCUCCAAAAGAGGAGCUGCUGUGUUCAGGGAGCAGAUUAACUCUGCCCGCCCUGUCCAACAACAAAGGCCUGCUGACCGGCAGACCGCAGCUUCCGGGGAACACAGUGCUGAAGCUUGACGAGGCAAUCGCCUGCACCCUGGGCGAAGGUGUUUCACGGAUCCCCUCGGCCACUCGUUGCACGAUGAGGCAUCUCAGCUCUCGGCAUACAGAGGUCAGCCAGUGGCAGGCCCGGAUAUAUGAGAGCAUUUGGCAAGUGGAACAGGAGAUCACUGCUUUGAAGCUGGUGAAAGACACGGCCGAGUGCCGUCUCCACGAGAAGCAGUUGUACAGUCAGCUCAUCAGUGACUGUCUGGUGCUCAAUACAAGUUUGAGCAGAGACGUCCUGGCACAGGACCACAUCCUUAUUCACCUCAAGAAAGAAGAGCAGCUUACCAAUGAGACCAGAGAGCUGCUCCAGAAGCAGAUCCGCAUCCUUCUCGACAAACUGAGCUCUCUGAAGGAGGUUCGCACUCAGCUCCUGGCAGAUUUUCAGGACAAGGGCCAAGCCAUCGAGGUCACCACCAAAUGCAUCAAACACAGGGUCAACCCCGAGCUCCAGGCUCCUGCCGCUCAAUACAAGCCCGACCUCGUCAGCUAUGACAAGUGGCUGUCCCACUGCAGGGAGCUGAGGCUGAUGGCUGGUAACCUGAUUAAAGACUCUUCUACCUUCAGGGGAAACCUGCGGUUCACCCUGGCUAAUAUGAAAAUUGCCCAAGAGCGCCAGCGCCGCAGCACCACUGACUCACUGAGGAGAGAGAUCAACGAGCUGAGCAAGGUCCAGAAUAAAAUGAUGUGGGAGAGGAAGCAGAUGAAGGAUGAGAUUUCUGAUCUGACCAAGGACAUUCAGAAAUUGACUGGUCAGAUAUGGAACUGUGACUCCAAGCUGCAUCAGGCCACCCAACGCCUGGACAUCCUCAACCAGAGACCUGGACGUGAGCACUGCCUGGACCAGCCCUACAUCAGCCUCACACUGGAGAAACAUGACCUGGCAAAGAUGGUGGCUGGACUUAACCCAGUACUGAAGCGCUCCCAGCGGGACUUGGAGGUUGCACGCAGGCGUCUGAAGGUUCUGGAGGACAAACUGGUCAAGAAUGCUCAUAACCUGAACGUGGAGCAGAAGUGCCAGAACCUGCACCAAAGUUUCCUGCCUGCGCUCGACACCACCGUGGUCCUGGCCAACAAGGCCACGGGCCGCUCCAGCCCUCGAGCCUACUUACAGUAGAGCCUGGCGGAGUGCAUUAGCACU